AUGGCGCUGUCGCGGAAGGCGUGGAUCGCCGCCGGCAUGGGUGCGCGGCUGCUCAUGAUCGCCGUCCUGGCCGUGAGCGUGCCGCUCACGGUCCACAACCACACCAAGCGCGAUUACGGCGUUGACUACUACAAGCUGCAGAGCUACACGUACACGGUCGCCGUGGCGGUGAUCGCGAUGGCCGGCGGCGUGCUGCAGAUCCCCGUCGCCGUCUACCUCCUCUGCAAGAGCAAGCGGAUGACUCCCAGCUCCCUCAUCCUCGACUUCAGCGUGUGCGCCGACGUGGUGGUGACCGUUCUGCUGGCCAGCGGCGUCGGUGCGGGGUUCGGCGCCACCAACGACAUCUUGCGGUACGUCCGGAGCCCCUACACGAGAUGGGAGGACAACAGCGUCAAGGACGACCUCGAGGACUACUACAACAAGGCCUUCGUCCCCUUGGUCUUCAUCCUCCUCGGGAUGGUACUGUCCAUGGCCGCCACUGUCGUCUCGGCCAGGCUCCGGCCCGGGCGACCGACGACGCUGACGCCGACGUCUGAGGCAUCUGUCACCAGCUCGGUCGAAGCCAAGAUCAUCAAUUCCGUCCGGUCCCUCCCAACUCAGUUUGUGUUUCCAAUUUCCAUACCCACACAGUAUUUCAGAUCAAUUCCGCUUGCGCUUGGGGGAUUUCAGAAUUCAGAUCAAUAA